AUGCAUCCAGCUCUGCCCUUGCUGCUGCUGCUGCUCUCGGCCUUCACCCACCUGAUCCAGCUCGGCAGCUCCCACCAGGAGUCCGGAACCUGGACUUGCGACUCCGACUCUGAUACCCGAGUCGCCGCCGUCUUCAAUCCGGGACUCGUCACCGUCGAUGGCCACUCCGAUGAUUGGAAGGACGUUGACGGCUUCGAAUUCCCUCUCCGCCCCGCGCUCGACCCUGACGCCGAUAAGGAGUAUAAAGCUGGCAAAAUGACCGUUAAGGCGUUACAUGAUGGCCGUGACGUAUUCUUCUUCUUGGAAGUUGAUGGGGAUUAUGCGUAUUCAAAAGGGGAUAACACUAAGUGCGCUUCUGUUUCUCUCAUGUUUCAAGUCGGUGCUGAUGCCACCUAUCACAGUAUGGGCGGUUGCAAGGAGGGAACAGACAGUUGUACCAAUAAGACCUGCAAAGGCCAUGAAGUUGACAUCAUGCACUUCUCACUUGGAAAUGCUAUCCCUGGACGGCUCUAUGGUGGCAAUCCCAUAGACAAUGGGGAUGGGAAUGGAGGUGACAGAUUUGGUCAUCUAGUUGAUCUGUAUGCCUGGAAUCCGCACUGUAGAUAUCUCGAUGGUAUGGGUCCAUCAGGAAAUGACUCUAGUGCACAGAAUAACUGGAAAGGAUCGUGGUGGCAUAGUAGUCUAGAUGUGCACUCGGGUUUCAUUCAGGAUGACAGCCCUUAUGGAUCAGAUGGCCAAAAAGGCAAAUACUAUUUCGAAUUCUCGAGGCCUUUAAGAACCAUGGAUCGACUCCAACAGGAUGCUCAGUUUACGAUCGGGGGAUCAAGCAAGAUGGCUGUAGCAUUCUGGUACCCAGUAGAUGGGCAGCCAUGGCACAAGGCAGGACAUUACUCCAUUAACUGCGAUUGGAUCCCUUUGGAGAUCUUAUCAAGCAGUUCUAAGCUAGCGACAUCGGCAACUGGAGGAGACUCGGGAGGUGGGGUGGCCAGUGCUUUUGCCCUUCUGUUUUCAGUAAUCUCCAUAUGUCUCUCUGUGUUUGUGGCUUACACUGUUGCCAGGCCCAGAAGCAUUCCUUUCACGCCAAUGGAGAACUUGUAA